AAGCAUGAGAUGUGGGACUAAUUUCAGUGAUAAGCGAUGUAAUACAAGAUGCCUCCUUAGCAUAAGCACUCAAACACAGGAAGAUACAUACCUCUAAAAGCAGACAUUAUUGUGUCUAAGGUUCAUGUGAAGGCCUAACUAUAGGCAAUAAUAUAUUUUCCUCAAUUUCUUAAUAGUCCCAUACUAUAAAUGAUAACGUUUAAUUGUGCAGCCUGUAAUUCCAUUUUUGUCAGCAGCACUGCAAAUUAAUAAGCUUGGAAAUAAGUGUAAAUAUCUCUAUCAACGUAGAGUAAAAAAUUAACCUGCAAAAUAUCAAGAUUGGGGUGAAAAUUAAAGCUAGUAAAGAAAGUUCACAUAUUCUGUUUAAAAGCCUGCCUUGAGCCAUCACAUAUGAACACCAACAGAGACCUUCUGUGACAUGUAUUGGGGAGAAAAAUCACUGGGGAAAAGAUUGCAGUUCUCUGCUUCAGACUCACAGUGUCACUGUUGGACAAGGCGGCAAUCCAUGGGCAGCUGAAGUUCCACUGAUGCUUUCUGCAGAGAGAUCUCUUUGUCCCAAACUGCACAUCGGGAAUACCAGCAGACGCUGGAACAAACAUUUCAGCUGAGAAAGAAAAAAGAAAACACUGCAGCAUAUACAAAUUAAGCCAAAGGAUCCAGUUCUUUUUUUUACUGGGCAAAAAAAACAUCUCCUGUCUUGGUGGAAAUCUGAAAUCCUGUGCUCAUCAAAGAAAAGAGGGAAAUGAAUAUGAGAGGAAUCCUUCAUGGAGAGAGCUUUCAAACAUCAGGGAGGUAUAUAACACUUCUGAUAUUUUCAUCUUUGUUCUGUGGAGCAGUUUUGGAAGAGGUUCACUAUUCCAUCCCUGAGGAGAUGGCAAAGGGAUCUUUGGUGGGAAAUCUUGCCAAGGAUCUAGGACUGAAUGCCAGAGAACUGAAGAGCAGAAACCUGCAUAUCAUUUCUGAAGGUAAAAAGCCAUAUUUCACUAUCAAUGCUGAAAAUGGAAACCUGUAUGUAAAUGAAAGGAUAGAUCGUGAGGAAAUAUGUGGGGACAGUGUGCACUGUCUGAUUAAUUUUGAAGCUGUGAUUGAAAAUCCUUUGAAUGUUUUCCAUAUUAUUGUAGCAAUUCAAGACAUUAAUGAUAAUGUGCCACAGUUCUUAAAGGAAAUCAUGAGGCUUGAAAUUGUUGAAUCCACAUUACCAGGUACAAGAUUUCAUAUUGGGAAAGCUGAAGAUCCUGAUAUUGGGAUUAAUUCUCUCCAGAAUUACCAGCUAAGUCCAAAUCACUAUUUCAUUCUAGACAUACAAAAGAGAGAAGAUGGCCAUAAAUAUGUAGAAUUGGUGCUGCAGAAACCUUUGGAUCGGGAAAAUGAUCACUCCCUUCAGUUGAUCCUUACGGCCCAGGAUGGGGGUGAACCCAGAAAAACUGUGACUGCCCAGAUAUGGAUUAAUGUCACAGAUGCCAAUGACAACCCACCAGUUUUCGCUCAAGAGGUUUAUACAAUUAGCCUGAGGGAAAAUUCCACUGUGGGGUCCCCCAUACUGCAAGUAAAAGCCUCUGAUAGGGAUGAAGGUGUGAAUGCCCAAAUUCAUUAUACAUUUAGUAAUAUUCCAGAAAGAGCCUACCAAAAAUUUGACCUAAAUCCACAAAAUGGAAUAAUUACAAUUAAAGAAGCCAUUGACUUUGAGGAAACAGAAAAGUACACUAUGACCGUUGAAGCCAGAGAUGGAGGAGGAUUAGUUGCUCACUCUAAUGUUGAUAUAAAGAUUAUAGAUGAGAAUGACAAUGCUCCAGAAAUCAUUCUAGCCUCCUUAUCCAGUCCAAUUCCUGAAGAUUCUGUUCCUGGGACAGUAAUUGCUCUCAUCAACGCAAAGGAUAGGGAUUCUGGAGAAAAUGGAAAAAUUACGUGCCACUUACAAAGUAAUGUACCAUUUAAAAUAGUGUCAACAACUAAGAACUACUAUAAAAUCCUCACAGAAAGUCCAUUGGACAGAGAAAAAGCCUCAGGAUACAACAUCACAAUCACGGCCACCGACAAAGGUAGCCCCCCUCUCUCCUCCAACAAAACCAUCUCCCUGCAGAUUUCAGAUAUCAAUGACAAUCGCCCUGCCUUUGAAAAAUCAACUUACAGUGUCUUUGUGCCUGAAAACAAUCCCUCAGGUGCCUCCAUUUUCUCCAUCAAAGCCUCGGAUCCGGAUCUGGACCGCAACUCACGUAUCACCUACUCCAUCCUCAACAGCAAUAUGGAGGAGCUACCUCUCUCCUCUUACGUCUCCAUCAACUCUGAGACAGGAACUAUCUAUGCACAGCGCUCCUUUGACUAUGAGCAGUUCAGGGAGUUUCAGAUCCAAGUGAAGGCCCAAGAUGGCGGCUCUCCCUCUCUCAGCAACAACGCCACCGUGUGGGUUUACAUUUUCGAUCAGAAUGAUAACAGCCCUCGCGUUCUGUAUCCUGUCCCGGGCGCCGAGGGAUCUGCCUUGUUUGAGAUGGUUCCUCACUCGGCAGAGCCAGGCUACCUAGUGACCAAAGUGGUGGCUGUGGACGCGGACUCUGGGCACAAUGCCUGGCUCUCCUACCAAGUGCUGCAGGCCACAGAGCCGGCCCUCUUCACCAUUGGGACCCACACGGGAGAGAUCAGGAUGUCACGAGCCCUUCUGGAGAAAGAUGCUGUGAAACAGAAGCUGGUCAUCUUGGUGAAGGACAAUGGGAAGGCUCCGCUCUCAGCUACUGUGGUCCUCAACCUUGUGGUUGCCGAGAACUUCCAAGAGGCACUUCCAGAAAUGACUAGGCAGUCCAGUGACACAGAGCAUCAUUCUGACCUCCAGUUUUACUUGGUGCUGGCUUUGGCAUUGAUCUCAUUUUUAUUCCUCCUGACGGUGAUACUGGUCAUUGUCAUGAAACUUCGACAAUCAGGAAAUCCCAAAUUAUUCCAAUGCUUUGAACCUAAUGCUUUUUCUAAGGCACAGGUCAUAUUUCCACCAAACUAUGAAGAAGGAACUUUACCUUAUUCCUACCAACUCUGUCUAUCGUCAGAGAUGAGGAAAGAGCAGAUCUCUUUCCCAAAAUCCCAUAUCCAGGUGGCAGAAAACUUGUUAUGCAAUGAUAGUUCUCAGGUGGUUCUUGUGGAUGGCAACUGUGGGGAUGCCAAUGCCAAAGAGGAGGUUGGUGAGCAGGUAAGCUUUGCUUUCAGAAACUGAGGUGUUGGCACCACAACCUUGUUCUUGUAUGAGCAAAACUAGUAUUUUUAGCUGUCUUCCUCUUAACUGCCUGAUUUACUAAAUGAGAGAACUAAAAAAAAUAUUAUAUUACUAGCACCAGCUGUUCAGACUGUAGAAAACUUUUUUUACAAGUGGUCUACAAAUUGCAAUGACAGAGGCAAAUUCAGUGCUGAGACUGAAAAUGAUGUUCAGGUGAGUCUUCAUUAAUUAUGGAAUUUAUAUCCUGUUCUUCCUUCUAGUAAUUUUCUUCCUGUAGAUUAUUGAAAUAUCACCAUCAUUAUAUACAGUAGUUAUUUUUUAGUUCCUCCUAGAGGUUAGAUAUGUGGAUUUUUACUUCGUUCACUCACAUAGUUUAUUCAUCCUGUUCUGAUUGAGUUAACUGAAAAAUGUGUAAAACAUGAAUGCUUCCUAUUUGUUCAUAGUAGAUCUUUUGGAGUGUUUUGAACUUCUCUGGAAGAUUCAUGUAGAAAGAACUUGUAUGAAAUGCAGAAUGCUCAGAAAAGGGCAACUAAGAUGGUCAACUUCUUUAUUCGGGGGAAAAAUGCAAUGCUUAACAAUAUUUAGUUUAGAUCAAAGACAAGGGAAAAGCGAUAUGAGAGAGCUGGUCCUUCCAGUGCCACAUUUCAACCACAUCUACAGGACAGCAAGUAAUUUAAGUGGGAGGUGCAAGGCAACCAAUGCUAGGAUGCAACAUUUUUGUGGGGCAUGUCCUGAAAUGAAAGGUUCCAGGUAGAUAUAAUAAGGGAAGCUGAAAUAAUAACAGGAUACACUUUAUCAACGGUUAUUCUGAUUGUUUUAUUCAGUUGUAUUAAGGGUUUAAUACUAGCAGAGUAUUAGUCCAAGACUUAUUAACUAUAGCAAGAACAACUAUUUGGUAUAAGUUGAGUGGAGUGUGUGGUUAAGAACACCAGCUUUACAGGAGUGGAUUAUUAGAGUAUGGGAUAUUUUAUCUAUCGUUAAACUAAUGAAUAUGGUAAGAGUCAGAGUGCGGAGACUGAUAACAUUGUUGUGGAAAAAUACAACAUUUUCAUACUUAAUUUGCACAAUAAGGUUCAAGAUAAUACAGACGCACACACACUGUUAGAAACUUUAUAAAUCAGUAUGCUUUCUUUGAGUGUAUAAUAUAAAACUAUUGAAACUUGUAUCCAGCCAUUAUUUUUAUUUAUACAGAACAAUCACACAUACUUUACACAUUUUAAUAAAUAAAUAACUUAUGGGAAUUGCUCCCACAAAAGCUGUGAUGGCCACUAACUUGGAUGCCUUAUAGACAACUUCAUGGUGGCCACAAGUCAUGCUGACUAUAUCCUGUCAAGUAGUAGAAGCAAGAUGCCUCCAGAUGCCACAGUGGGAGACAAGCUGCUUAAUAAGAAAGACCUUGGGUCUGAUCCAUCAAGGCUCUUCUUAUGUUGUUACAUUUUAAUGAAAGGAAUUGUGUGCCCUGAUGUUGUGUGAUAGACUGACGGACAAACGACUAUAAGCAUGUUAAAGUGAGGCAAUGCUCUGCUGGUGAUCCCUUGGGUAUGUAGCUUCCAUUCAACGGGGUUCAAUUUCAGUGGGAUAGACAUCAAGGCAAAACAUGUUUUCAAUAGGCUGUAUAUCUCCAGACUGGGUUUUGAGUCUUGUGAGCUGUUAUACGCAGCAAUCAGAGGAGCUGUUGCUUUAAUGUGUACAAACUGAAAGCAAAUAACUUGAAAUUUGCUAAAGGGAAAGUACUGUACAUUGCACAACAUGGUUUUCCUUGCAAUUCUUUGAGUGGUCCUCUAAGUGUCAGUGUUGGCCAGUAUGAGAGCCAGAGAGAGGAUAGAGAUCCAUUGAUGCUUCCUAGACUGCAGUAACUCCCAUCAGUGUUAUUCAGAUCAAGCCAACUGAAGAGCACAGAGACAGGGAACUCUUGCAGAGAAGGAAAAAUCUCUUUUGCUUUGCACAAAACAAGGGCAGUUUAUUCUUCCUCAAUGAUACCUCAUGUUGUUUCCUUCAUCAUUGUGAGAGCCUGAGCAUAGGAAACUGAGAAAAGGAAGCAGCCUGUUUUUGAGAGAAC